GGCGGGACCACGGCCGGGGGGGGGCUGCUGUCUGCCCCCGCGCACCCGGUCCCGAGCUCCGGGCCGCCGCUGGCCCGCAGGUGAGAGAGGCCCUCGGCCGCUGACCCGCCGGGCCCGCCGCCCCAGUGCCCUGUGCCGGCGAUGUCCCGUGGUCGCCGGCCCCCGGAGCGUCCUCGCGGCCCCGUGAGCCCCCCUCGGGCCUAGCGGGCCUACGGCUGUCGUGUCCCCCCCCCGCCCAGGACCGCACCGCAACGCGGCUGGAGGCCGCUCUGCCGGCCCCGCCGCUGCCAUGCGCCUGGCAGCGAUGUUGGCCGCGCUGCGGCCCGUCCUGCCGCUUGUCCUGGGCCUCUCCCUGGGCUGCAGCCUGAGCCUGCUGCGCGCCUCCUGGAGCCAGGGCGGGGGCGAGGAGCAGUGCCCGGGGGCGGCGGGGCCUCCCGGGGCCCGUGCCGGCGGAACGCGGCUGGAGGCGGCGGCUGGACAGCCGGGCCCGGGCCACGAGGACUUCAGGCCCAGGAUUGUCCCGUACUACAGAGACCCCAACAAGCCUUACAAAAAAGUGCUCAGAACUCGCUACAUACAGACGGAAUUGGGAUUCCACGAGAGACUGUUUGUGGCUGUGCUGACCUCCAAGGCUACCCUGAAUACGUUGGCAGUGGCCGUGAACAAGACGGAUGACACCUAUGUACAGGCCGAACAGGUCAAGGCUCUGGUGACACACCUAAGUAUUAACCAAGAUGUCUACCUGGGACGAGCGGAGGAGUUUAUCGGGGGAGAUGAGCAGGCCCGCUAUUGUCACGGUGGCUUUGGCUACCUGAUCUCCCGCAGCCUGCUGCUCAAGCUCCACUUGCACUUGGACAGCUGUCGCAAUGAGAUUCUCAGCGUGCGGCCAGAUGAAUGGCUGGGACGUUGCAUCAUUGAUUUCCUUGGCAUCACUUGUGUUUCCCAGCUCCAGGGCCAGCAUUAUCACACCUAUGAACUGGCCAAAAAUACUGAGCCAGAGAAGGAGGAAGAAGAGGAGUUCCAAGCAGCUCUUGCUGUGCACCCUGUUUCUGACAUGACCCUGAUGUACCGGCUGCACAAGCACUUCAGCAGGAUCCAGCUGGACAGAACCUACCAGGAGAUCCAGGACCUCCAGAUGCAGAUCAGGAACCUGACAUCAUUGACCCCUGCAGGUGAGGGAGGCUUGACAUGGCCUGUGGGCAUUAACGCCCCAUUUCUUCCAAAGUCACGUUUUGAGGUAAUCAGCUGGGACUACUUCACUGAGCAGCACCUCUUCUCCUGUCCUGAUGGCUCCCCCAAGUGCGAGCUCUCUGGAGCCAGCAAAGCAGAUGUCAGUGAAAUCAUUGAGUCAGCACUUGAGCAACUGAACAGUCGCUACCAGCCUCUGCUCCGCUUCAGCAAGCGGCAGUUGCUGAAUGGCUACCGGCGGUUUGACCCCACGCGGGGCAUGGAAUAUACACUGGAUCUGCUGCUGGAGGCAGUCACGCAAAAGGGCCACAGCCAUGUUCUGGCCAAACGAGUGAGCCUGGUGCGGCCCUUAAGCAAGGUGGAAAUUAUUCCUAUGCCGUAUGUGACGGAGGCCACGCGAGUGCAGCUGGUGCUUCCCUUGACAGUCCAGGACCUGGAUUUUGUGGCAAACUUCCUGGAUAUGUUUGCUAUGAACACACUGGACACGCAUGAUAACGCCUUGCUGACUUUGCUUUUUAUCUACCACCCCUAUGAUGCCCAGCGAGUCAGUCAGGUGGAUGUUUUUGCUGGAGUCAAAGCCAUGGUAGGAGAGCUGGAGAAACGCUAUGCAGAAGUUAAAAUUCCCUGGAUUAGUGUUAAAACUGAGGUGCCAUCACAAGUGAAACUCAUGGAUAUAGUUUCAAAGAAGCACCCUGUGGAUACACUAUUCUUCUUGGCCAGCGUCUGGACAGAAAUCAACAUGGAGUUCCUGAACCGCUGCCGCAUGAAUACUAUCAGCAAUUGGCAAGUGUUUUUCCCAGUGCAUUUCCAGGAGUUCAACCCUGCGUUGGUGUACCGUGGUGAGCAGACGGCUUCCUCCAGCACCGACUUCCUGAGGGAUGGGCACUUUGACAGACAUUCCUUUGCUGAGGCCUGCUUUUAUAACUCUGACUAUAUGACAGCACGUACCAAGCUUGCAGCUGAUAUCCUAGACCGAGACGAGGUGCUGGAGAAUAUGGAGGUGUUUGAUGUCUUCCUCCACUAUUCCGGUCUGCACCUAUUUAGGGCUGUGGAGCCAGGGUUAGUGCAGAAAUACGCACUUAGGAGCUGCAAUCCCCGGCUUAGCGAGGAGUUAUACCACCGCUGUGUGCUUAGCAACUUGGAAGGACUCGCGUCCCGCUCUCAUUUAGCCAUGGCCCUCUUCGAGCAGGAACAGGCCAACAGCACUUGAGAGACUGGAAACAUCAAGAGUUUCUCAGCACCUUAACACUUGGCACUUUCCAUCCCCUUCCCAGCCUUGCCAUGGGUGAAGGGCGUCUGAGGUCAAGGGAGGAGGAAGGCUUUCCUAGCCCUGCUCUGAGGCACAGGCAUGGGCUAUGGAGGGAGGCUGUUUCUGUGGGGGGUUUGUGGGGUUUUUUGUUUGUUUUUUAAAUAAAAGUUUCUUUCCAGGCA